AUGACUCAGAUGUAUUCCAUGGCUACAACUACGCAAGUUAUGCAUAGUUCUGCUUCUUCAAAUCACCAGCAGACAUCCGGCAGUACCGCUCCAGUUCUUGAAUAUGUCUGCCUAUUCACGCGCGACCUUCGCAGAAAGCAAAAGCGUUGGCAAGAUGGGAGGUUGAAAUAUCACACGUUCAAUAAACGUAUCAUGGUAUACGACGAGCGUGGCAACUUUGUAGGAGACACACACUGGCACGAAGAUUAUGAUUUCGACGAAGGCGAAGAAGUUGAACUUGAAAGAGGAGGCACCAUUGUUCAAGUCGCUGAAUGUACAGGGAGUCGUGAUCAAGAUCUCUCCGAACUCAUAGACAAGAGAGCUCGAGAAAGAGCCGAGCGUCAAUCUGCUGCUCUUGCGCGACGACCUCCCACAGUUGAGGCCGCUACACCAAAUGUUGCUGCCCCUCAUUUCCAGUUGCGGCAUAAGCCUCUCCAUAAUUUGAUUGGCGCACCUACUGGCCACCACGGGCGUGCUCUCGUGCCAACCGAAUCACCAUACGAAGAAAGACAGAAACUGGCUGCUUCCACACAUGAUAACGAUGCACGCCCCGCAAAGCGAAGGAAGCGAGAAGUAUCUCCUCCAAGCAAGAGCGGUUACGCACAAAGCUUGUUUGGCGCUUCAUUGACACUAUCCGGUACGCCAACAAGUAGUCCACUAUUACGGAGCAGGCCGCCGAAGGUGGCAUCAGUCUCCGCUGACGACCGGCCUUUAUCAUCAGCUACUCUUAGUGCCUGUGUCGGUAAUUCAGUUGCCGAGCCUAUAGUUAUACAUGAUGCACCUACAAGAAUACGAGAAGAAGCACAAGUCCAGUCAGGACCAAGGAGAAGGGGUCAGACUGGAGAACAACCCGUAGAGAUCGAUACAUUGCAACCAAUAUCGGCGAACUUGGGUUUGGAAAGUCACGAAAGCAAUAAGCAAUACCAUCCUCAACGUAGGGAUCGAGAUGGUGCACUUAAUAAUACAGCCUCUGUGGCAGAUUUAAUCGAUAGAGGAGCCGAAGGCCCACCCUCUGUCUUAGGGCCAAAAGAAUCGCUUCGGAGCCGCGGUCUCGUUACAGAACCGAAGCCUAGGAAUAAAGCGGAAGCGGUUGGCAGUAAUAAUGAACGCUUGGGAUUGGGCCAUGGACAACCUAUAAGCGAGCAGAGGACAGAAUUGCGUAUCAAGCCUAGGAAGAAACGGGGCCUAGUAAUGAUAUCCGAGAAGCUGAAUAGUGACAGUUCAUCAGCAUCAAGAGCAUCUAAGAGCCAAAUCGAUUGUCAAUACCCAUCCGCUCCACUAAGCAGUAUCAAGAAAGGGUAUUCAAACGACGCUAUGCUCGAUGAUGAUGAUUUGAAUAUAAACACCAGGGUUAAAGAGCCCGAUCGUACCCGACGGAUGACACAAAAUACUCCUUUAUGCGAUCCAUCGCAAAUAAAUCCCAAGUCGGCAUACAAACAAGAUACCAAAAUAAAGAAGGAUCAGCGGAAAAUACGGAAUUCGAAGCACGGUGAAGAUGAUCCGGCUAUCUCGAGUCCUGAAAUUCCGAGCGAACCUUUUAAGGAUAUGGGAACGUGUGCUUACUAUGAUCAAACAAAUGAGGAGCCAUCUGGCGCCAGGCACGAGCAUGGUGUUCUAACUGAAGCGACUAAGCUUUCAAGAAGCAGAAGCGAGUCAUCUAGGAAGAAGAAAAAACUUCGGACCAAGGAUAGUGUAGACUCCGAUUCAAUAACAGAAAAGGAUACCGAGAUCAUGGCUGACGAAGAUGACUUGAUUUUACCCGACGACGUUCCUGCUCCUCGCCUUGCUCAGUUGGGCCGCAGGAACGUACGUAGCAAAGAGGUUAUCGGGUUCUUUUUCGACGAAGAAAUUGAUGGCAGGCCUCAACGGAAUGAGGAUGGUGAAUAUGGUAAGGCAAGUCUCGCUAGCGGCUUUUCCGCGAACCACUCGACGGUGCAGCCUCCUUUAGCCAAGGAAAUAAGGGCGGUGAGCAACGGUGUCCCUCCCGAGUUUGUCGAAGACCGCAACAUAGGUGCGGUUAAUGUCGAAGCGGUUUCGUGUCUUCCGCAGAAGCAAAUCAGACCCACGUCAGCCCGAGUCAGCGGUGACCCAGACGUGCAGGCUUUAUUAUCUGACGACACUGCGGCGACGCGGCUACCUACUGCUAAGAUGGUGGUCAACCCCGCCACCCGAGGGAAGAAGGCUGCCAAGCCUUCGGAUGCUGCCGGCCAUGUUCCGCAAUGUCCAUUGCCGUCAGAAGUGGUAAUAGGAAAACCGCCAGAUACUAAGAGGCAUGAACACGACGAGCAGAAGACUACGUUAAAAGUCCGACGCAAAGCUUCUGUUGCGGCGAUGCCCGUAUUUGCCAGAGCGAACGGAGGACCAUGGAGUAGGGAAGCCCAUGAUCUAUUUGAAUUUACACGCCCACCAUAG